AAAAAAAGAAAAAAAUCACUUCGAAAAGGAGAGAAACCCACUGCAAUCUCUCCAUCUUGUUUUUUUUUUACCUCCAUUGUCACCCAGAGGACUUGGGGAAGUCUACCAGUUCUUUUUAUCUUCAGUCCUUCCUACUUCCUUCGUUGAAUAUUUAAUUUAUAAAAUCGCGGUUUUUUGUUGUUUCUUUCUGCUUUCCUCCCAUCUUUCUUUCUGUUGAAAUGAAAUUUAACUCCAUGUUCUGAAAAAGCUCAUUCCUUUGACUGUCCUUCUUACUCUCUCGCCCUUUCAACUUCUCUGUUUUUUUGUUCAUGGCGCCGGCUUCUUUCUGAGGCAGUAAAUUUGAGGUUUUUGAUCAAUUAUGGGAAAUUGCUUGUUCCUGGGGAAGCCUUUAGUUAACAGAGUAUCUUCUAAUGCGAAAUCAGAAUCUCCAGAAGCCACGAGCCUUCCAGUAGUGAAGGAGGAGGAGGAGGAGAAGGAGCAGGAACAUAGUAAAUUGCCAUCCAAUCCCGAGGAAGUUGAAAACUUUCGUAGGGAUUCUGCUGUAAACCCAUUGAUUGCUUUCACCUAUGAUGAACUAAAAGAAAUAAUCGGGGAUUUCAGGCAGGAAAACAUUCUGGGUGCAGGGGGGUUCGGAAUAGUUUAUAAGGGAGUAAUCACAGAAGAUUUCAGGAAGGGAUUACAAUCUCUUCAAGUUGCUGUUAAAGUUCAUGAUGGAGAUAGUUUCCAGGGCCAUAGGGAGUGGCUGGCAGAGGUCUUGUUCCUUGGGCAACUUUCUCAUCCAAAUUUAGUGAAAUUGGUUGGAUAUUGCUGCGAGGAAAACCACCGGGUUCUCAUAUAUGAGUUCAUGGCUCUGGGCAGUGUGGAAGCUAAUCUCUUUAAAAGAGUUCUACCUACACUUUCUUGGGCCAUUCGAGUGAAAAUUGCAUUUGGAGCUGCCAACGGUCUUGCUUUUCUCCAUGAAGCUAAAAUGCCAGUUAUUUUUCGUGAUUUUAAGACAGCUAAUAUUUUGUUAGAUGAGGAUUACAAUUCUAAACUUUCAGAUUUUGGGUUAGCAAAAGCUGGCCCUGUUGGCGACAUGUCUCAUGUAUCCACUAGAAUCAUGGGAACUCGUGGUUAUGCAGCUCCUGAGUACAUAAUGACAGGUCAUCUGACUGCAAUGAGCGACGUCUACAGCUUCGGCGUUGUACUCCUCGAACUAAUCACCGGACGAAAAUCCCUCGACAAAUCGCGGCCGGUGAAAGAGCAGACUCUUGCUGAUUGGGCUUUACCACUGCUCAUGCAGAAGAAGUCUCUCCUCAACAUUGUUGAUCCAAGGCUGGGUGGCGAUUACCCGGCGAAGGCGGUUCACAAGAUGGCCAUGUUGGCCUAUCAUUGUCUCAAUCGCAAUCCAAAGGCGCGGCCUCUCAUGAGAGACAUCGUAGAGACUUUGGAGCCUCUUCUGCUGCCAAUUGAAGUUGAAGAUAGCAACACCAGUUGAGCUGUUUUCUGUAAAAAAGAUAGCUUGUUAGCUGAUUGAUAGGAUCUUGUUGUUGAAAGAAACUGUUCUAUUUGUUGUGCUUUAGUUUUUGUUUUUAAGAUGUUAGGAAUGUAUGGAUUUGCCUACCGUGGAGGGCUGGCUUUUAAUACUGCAUUUUGUGUGUAUUAGCAUGAGAUAGGCAGCUUUUGCAUGUUUUCUCCUACAAGAUUUUUCUCAAAUAUAGAAAGUGAGAUAUGAUUUUCUU